CCCAUCCGCCGCCCCCCCGCCCCGAAAGAAGUGCAGUAGUUUGUGAAGCUCAAGAUGGCGGCGCGGCCGUGAGCGCAGGCGGCGGGCGGGCGGCGGCGCGGGCUGAGGGGGCGAGGCGGAGCGGCGCCGGCAGGGCGGAGGAAAAUCCCUCUGACUCGUCAGUCGGAAAGGAGAAUCGAGAAGUUCAAUCCCGGUGAGCCCAGAGGAGCCGGCGAGUUCCUGCCCGCUGUCACCGCUGGCGUUCCGGAGGACGGACUGACAGACUGACGGCAGGCAGCGAGCCAUGAAGUUCUGGCUCCAGAGUUAUCUCGCAUCCCGUGGCGUUGCGGUGCGGGGGCGAGCAUGAAGGAACAGUACAGUGAUGUGCAGCACUGGAAACCAUCACCAACUUCAAUAAACCAUGUAAUGGAGGCAGUUCUGGAUCUUUGAGAGGGCUCAGAGUAUCUGCAGUAGUGAUUAUUAUCUGGGGGAGAGGAGGGAAGAGAUGGGAGAAAAGAAUGGUAUUGAAGAAAAAUUUUAGCCCUGGCAGAGUUUAUCCUGAGGCCUGAAUUGGAGAUCUUCUACAGAAAAAAAAAGCUGUUCUGCUUUUUAAAAUUUGAAGCAGGAACUUCUGUCAUUCAGGAAAUAACUUCUACCUUCACUCAGUCUACAAAAUGAAUUUCUGUGUAUAAGGGGUGACUCACAUGACAGGCAGCUCCAGCAGAGCAGGGCAAAAGGUGCAGCCUCCAGCUUUCCUCAGCCAGUGGCUCCCAAACUGGGAUUGUCCUCUCCAGGGCGCUGAGCAGUGACGAGAGGGGUCACGUGUCUGGCACAGAGUGAGCUGGGAGCAGCGUGGGACAGCAGGGCGCCAGGUCCAGCAGUGCCUGUGAAAUGCUGUAACUGCAAACCUCCUGUUCCCUGUGCCACAGCCGAGAUGCUUGUUCUGAUCUGCUGACUCUUCAUUAACCCAUGGUGGUGGAUGUGGACUUUAAAACAGUGUGUCUCAACAUCUCAUCCUCAACUAUUUUUAAUCUGAUUGCACUACGAAAGAAAAGCUGCUAAUGGGAUAAAUGUUGAGACUUUACAAGAACUGACUUGAAGUACCGAAAGCCAUUAUUAUUGUUAUUUUAUUGUUACUAUUAUUAAUCAAGAAGAGCUUGAAGCUAAGUCUAUAUCUGACCAGUCGUUAUCAUUUUCACAAUUACAGUCAUGGCAAGUAAACGAAAAUCAACAACACCCUGCAUGGUCUUAGCCAAUGAGCAGGAUCCAGAUCUAGAAAUGGUGUCAGACUUGGAGGAAGGACCACCUGUGCUCACACCAGCAGAUAACCCUGCAGCAGAGGGUGUGACAAGUGAUGAGGAUGUUCAUGAGUAUGUGGAUUCAGACAAUAAGAAAAACACAAAUAAAGUAGAAGGUGGUUAUGAGUGUAAAUACUGUACUUUUCAGACUCCAGAUCUCAAUAUGUUUACCUUUCAUGUGGAUUCAGAACACCCCAACGUAGUAUUAAAUUCAUCCUACGUUUGUUUAGAAUGUAAUUUCCUUACCAAAAGAUAUGAUGCCCUCUCAGAACAUAAUUUGAAGCACCACCCUGGAGAGGAGAAUUUUAAAUUGACUAUGGUGAAACGUAAUAACCAGACAAUCUUUGAACAGACAGUAAAUGAUCUCACUUUUGAUGGGAGUUUUGUUAGAGAAGAAAAUGCUGGACAGGCUGACUCUUCUGAGGUCCCCUCAUCAGGGAUCUCCAUUAGCAAAACUCCUAUCAUGAAAAUGAUGAAAAGCAAACCCGAGGCUAAACGUAUUGCUGUUUUCCACAAUGUAGUUGAUGACAUUCCUGGUGAAGAAAAGGGAACUGAAAAUGAGCCAAACUCUGAAGAAGUAGUAGAAAACCCCCCACCGGUUGUUUCUGAAUCCAAACCAAGCCAUUCAGUUGUGUGCAGUGCAGCAGAUGUGGCUGGGGCAGUUGUGACCCCGGCACCAGUGCUUCAGCCUGGGGUGGCACAGGUUAUAACAGCUGUUACAGCUCCACAGAACUCAAACCUGAUUCCAAAAGUCCUAAUACCUGUAAAUAGCAUUCCAGCCUAUAACACUGCUUUGGAUAACAAUCCUCUUUUGCUUAACACCUACAACAAAUUCCCAUAUCCAACCAUGUCAGAAAUCACUGUUCUUUCCUCUCAAGCAAAGUACACGGAAGAGCAGAUUAAAAUAUGGUUUUCUGCUCAGCGUCUGAAACAUGGAGUGAGUUGGACGCCAGAGGAGGUGGAAGAAGCAAGGAGGAAACAAUUUAAUGGCACAGUGCAUACUGUGCCACAGACCAUUACCGUUAUUCCAGCACACAUUUCGGCCGCUAGCAAUGGUUUACCUUCCAUUUUACAGACAUGUCAAAUAGUUGGUCAGCCAGGACUUGUUCUCACUCAAGUUGCAGGUACAAAUACGUUACCAGUAACAGCCCCAAUAGCUUUGACUGUAGCAGGAGUCCCAAACCAAACACAGUUACAGAAGAGUCAGAUUCACAGUGCUCAGCCUAUUGCAGAAACCAAACAAGUUGCUGCCAUUCCAGCCCCUCAGCCUAUCAAAAAUGAAUCCACGCUGAUGAAUCCUGACUCCUUUGGCAUCCGAGCAAAAAAAACUAAGGAACAACUGGCAGAAUUGAAAGUCAGUUACCUUAAAAACCAAUUUCCUCAAGACUCAGAAAUUGUUAGACUUAUGAAAAUAACAGGUCUCACUAAAGGAGAGAUCAAAAAGUGGUUCAGUGAUACACGCUACAAUCAGAGAAACUCAAAGAAUAAUCAUGGGAUUCAUCUUAGCAGUGAUUCAUGUGCCACCAUUGUUAUUGAUUCAAGUGAUGAAAUGAAUGAAUCUCCAACAGGAGUCACUCCACAGAGCAAGCCAUCUUGGGGUACUUUUCCUGAUUUCACCCCACAGAAAUUCAAAGAGAAGACUUCUGAACAACUGCAAGUCCUCCAAGCAAGUUUUCUUAAUAACCCUGUCCUUACUGAAGAAGAGAUGAAUAGAUUAAGAGCCCAAACAAAACUGACCAGGAGAGAGAUUGAUGCCUGGUUUACAGAAAAAAGGAAAUCAAAUGUCUUGAAGGAAGAGGGAGCUGACAUGAAUGAAAGCAAUGCUGGCAGCUCAAAAGAGGAGUCUGGAGAAACAUCUGUGGGAGAUGGAGCAGCAGGAACAAAAUCAGGGUGUUGUACUUCAAGCAAAAUAGGCAAAAAAUCACCAGAGCAGUUGCACAUGCUCAAAAGUUCCUUUGUCCGUACUCAGUGGCCAUCUCCACAAGAAUACAACAAGCUGGCAGAAGAAACUGGACUUCCAAGAUCAGAAAUCGUGAGCUGGUUUGGAGAUACUCGCUAUGCCUGGAAAAAUGGUGGAUUGAAAUGGUAUUACUAUUACCAGAGUGCCAGUGCAAACAGCCUGAAUGGCCAAAGCUUUGCAAGGAAGAGAGGGAGAGGAAGACCAAAGGGGAGGGGGAGAGGGAGGCCUCGGGGGAGGCCUCGGGGAAGCAAGAGGUUAAAUUGCUGGGACAGAGGUGUAUCUGUCAUAAAAUUUAAAACUGGAACAGCAAUCCUGAAGGACUAUUAUAUGAAGCACAAAUUCCUUAAUGAGCAAGACCUUGAUGAACUGGUAGCCAAAUCUCACAUGGGAUAUGAGCAGGUCAGAGAAUGGUUUGCAGAAAGGCAAAGAAGAUUAGAACUUGGAAUAGAGCUGUUUGAUGAGAAUGAGGAGGAAGAUGAAAUGCUGGAUGAUCAGGAGGAUGAGGAAGAAACAGAUGAUAGUGAUACUUGGGAACCCCCUAGACAUGUUAAGCGUAAACUUUCAAAAACAGACUGAUGUACAAUUUGGAAUUUGGGGGCCAAAAACCUAUGAAUUAGGUUUGAUGUUAUGGUGAAGAGCCAAAUGAUUUUUCAUGGCCUUCAGUUUAGCAAGCAGCUGCUCAGCAUCUUCCUUCCACCUAAGAGUUACAUGGGCAAGAUGCUCCCCGUGCAGGCAAGAACUGUUUGCUUUGUUGCUACAAGAGAUGAACAUCCUCAGGCCUGGCCUGGGACCAGGGGUUACAAACCAGAUCAAGUUCAGCUCCUCCUUUUCCACACUACCGAUGGGAAGGUUCAUGUUCAUCAUACACCUGACUGCUUCUCAAUAUUUAAUUGCCUUAUGUUGUUUAAUUCCAAAAAAAAUCACAGACACUUUUUUUUGUUGUUGUUAUUGCUGUAAGAGAACAUUGCCUGCUUGCGAAGGAGGAAAACACAAAAACAUUAGAUGUCUUUUUGCAAACAUCACUUCAUCUGAAAGGUUUCAAGGCCUGGGUUUAUUUCUUAAGGAAAGCAUUGAAAACAAAACAGAAGGGGAAAAGUGUGACAAAAGGAAUCAAUGAACCUAGGGCUGCCCAGUGUGGUGAAGGGGAAGCAAUUCUUGAAAAAUUCCAAGAUAACUGGUUAACUGUGAAUGGGCCUAAUCUUUCGUGAAACCAAGAAAAUUUUUGGACACACACAGGACUUGAAUACUCAAAAGGAUUGGAACUUAGUGUUGUGCCAAAGUUAAACUACUGCAGUUGGCAGUUCUGCACUGUAAAUAGAAGACUGAUUAAAAGACAGCUUGUAAAAAAAAAAUCAAAUUUUAAUACAGUACGUUUUUAUUCUGAUACAUGAUGGAAACAUUCUGUUUUAAACCUUUUUUGAAGAGGCUUCAGUGACCACUAGAUUUUGUCCUCUUAUAUUUUGUUUGGCCUAAUAUUAUAUGUUUUAGUAAGAUGGGCUUUAUUGCCUGUGUUCUUUGAUAUGUGAUUAAGCUUAUAGCUUUGAGUGACCAAACAUUUUACAGAGUAAAAGUUCUUAGAAACAGUAUAAUGUAACUGAUAUUUCUGUGUCUUAUUUAUCAGGCUCUGCACAAACUUGGAAAGUUGUGCUGGACUUGUACAACUCGUAUAUGGGAACGCAGCAUACUUCUGGAUAUUACCAACCUAAGCCUUUGUGGCUGUAUGGAUCUUGUCUUUGGAUUUAUUUUUGUUAUUUUUUUGAGGCAAAGAAACGAAUGGAUGCUGCUGUAAAAUAUUUGUAAUAUUGCCAUUAUUUCUUUCUGUAGCAAUUAUUGCUUUUGCUUCAACAGAUAAAGAAAAUAAAUCAGAGAUAGAAAAAUCCUAAAGACGCUGGUAGAAGAAAGGAUCAUGUGAGAACUUCUGAAAAUAAACUUUGUACCAAAAAUUUGAAAACAGAAAUAAUGGAAUAAAUGUCUCCUUACUGAG